CGCGGUGGCGCAGAUCACAAGCGGGGGAAAAGGAAAAAGGGGGAACCCUCGAUUUUCUUCCUGUACGACAAUCACAGUCGCUGUCAGUUGACGAUUACACAGUAUCCCGCGGGCAAUACACGCGCUCGCUACGCAAAGAGAAACUCUCUUCUCGCUCUUUCUGACUGUAGGACGUGCGUCGUGUUCCUUAGUCGACGUGACGUUUCGCGACGACCAACACUCGUGGCAGUCUCAAUCACGCGAACAACCUCGACGAUCGGUGGUACCACCGAGAGUGUAGAGUUGUGGGAUUUCGCGGGAAAGGUUGCUUAGCCGAGGCCUAGUCGAUCACACCGGAGAGGAUCUCAUUUCGUUGUCGGAUCAUCAUAAUCUUCGAGGACGAUCGAUCGUCGAAAAUCGCGUAAAACCAGGAACGCGACGGUACGUAUCGCUACGCCGACGGCAAGCGCGAAACUACGCGUCUCUCGCGUGAUCACCGAGAGUGCUCGAGAAGUGCAGUGUGCGAGAAGCAAAUCGGUCUCGUUCCCCGCUUGACGCGUGCUGACGCCAAGCCGUCUCGCAUAUUGGUCUCGCAUUUGCUUCGUGGCUACCUUGAAAAUCCCGGAGAGACUUCUUCCACAUGAGGCUCCAUCGUCGGAUCUAAUAAGCGAUCCUGGUUUAUUCCUCGAAGAUUCAAUCUCGUGGUGUGAUCUGAGGUACUUAUCAAAUAUACAAGGCACGCGUCUCGCCAAUGUACUUUGGCACAUCCGAUACCGUCCAAUGUCACGUGAUGCGAGUCAUAUUUGGCUACGGUUUGCCGUGACAAGUGCUUGCCGAAUGUCGUGAAAAAAACUCAACGUGAAAAUGCUGGAAAAACACUUUGCGGCCAUUCAUUCCACGCAAGUCUCGUCUUGGAAAAUCAGAGAGGACCGCAUUGAGAAAUUCGGGGUACCGUGUUAUGUCUCUCGAUCGUUUUUACAUUUGAGACAAUACCGAUCGACAAUAUCAGCGGAGUGCACGCACAAGUGAAAAAUAGCCAGAUCGUCGAGUGGGCCAUCCACGAAAGCCCACAAACAUGACAGAGGCAACGCGGGAUCCAGAGGUGGCAGAUUCGGAAAACGUCGAUAAUGGUAGAACAGCAUUGAAUCUGACUUGCUCGACGACCAACAAGGGUAAACCUCUUCCGGAUCGCGGAACAUGGAGCACCAAACUGGAUUUUAUUCUGAGUGUGGUCGGCUUGGCGAUUGGUCUCGGUAACGUAUGGCGAUUUCCGUAUCUUUGCUACAAAAACGGCGGCGGCGCCUUCCUAAUCCCCUAUUUCUUGACGCUGUUUCUCGCCGGUAUACCCAUGUUCUUUAUGGAGCUCGCCCUCGGACAAAUGCUCACAGUCGGCGGCCUCGGAGUCUUCAAGAUAGCGCCGCUCUUCAAAGGGAUCGGUUACGCCGCCGCUGUCAUGUCCUGCUGGAUGAACGUCUACUACAUCGUUAUCUUGGCUUGGGCCAUCUUUUACUUUUUCAUGUCGAUGCGCAGCGAGUUGCCUUGGGGAAGCUGCAACAACUACUGGAACACUAAAAGCUGCGUGAAUCCUUACGACAGAAGCUCUCUGCUCUGCUGGAACGAGAUCAGCAACCCGAGGAAUGGCAGUGUCGUCAAGAUGUGCAUGGUCAAUCGCAUUAACGUGACGGUGACGGACCUGACGGAUCCCGUCAAGGAGUUCUGGGAACGUCGCGCGCUGCAGAUCAGCGAAGGCAUCGAGCAAGUAGGCAACAUUCGAUGGGAAUUGGCGGCUACGUUGCUACUAGUAUGGAUACUCUGUUACUUUUGCAUCUGGAAAGGUGUCAAGUGGACUGGCAAAGUCGUCUACUUUACCGCCCUUUUUCCAUACGUGUUACUCACUAUUUUGCUGAUUCGCGGCAUCACGCUGCCCGGCGCUAUGGAGGGUAUCCGAUUUUACAUCAGUCCAAACUUGUCCAAGCUCCGGGAAUCCGAGGUGUGGAUCGACGCAGUGACGCAAAUUUUCUUCUCGUAUGGCCUGGGUCUCGGCACGUUGGUGGCGCUCGGUAGUUACAACAAAUUCACCAACAACGUCUACAAGGACGCGUUGAUCGUCUGUUCGGUGAAUUCAUCUACCAGCAUGUUUGCGGGCUUCGUGAUAUUUUCGGUGGUGGGCUUUAUGGCGCACGAGCAACAGAAACCGGUGGCCGAAGUGGCUGCUUCCGGGCCGGGCUUGGCUUUCCUCGCUUAUCCGUCAGCGGUUCUCCAAUUGCCGGGCGCGCCACUUUGGUCCUGUUUGUUCUUUUUCAUGUUACUGCUCAUUGGAUUGGACUCUCAGUUCUGCACGAUGGAGGGCUUCAUCACGGCCAUGGUGGACGAGUGGCCUCAGCUGUUACGUCGUCGCAAGGAACUCUUUAUCGCCAUCGUGUGCGCUCUGUCCUAUCUCAUCGGAUUAUCGUGCAUUUCCCAGGGUGGCAUGUACGUCUUCCAAAUUCUCGACUCUUACGCCGUCUCCGGCUUCUGCCUUCUCUUCCUCAUAUUUUUCGAGUGUAUAUCGAUUAGCUGGGCGUUUGGCGUGAACCGAUUCUACGACGCUCUGCGAGACAUGAUUGGAUACUAUCCCUUCAUGUGGUGGAAAUUCUGUUGGACAGUGACUACGCCCAUGAUUUGCGUUGGUGUGUUCGUCUUCAAUCUGGUGCAAUGGACGCCCAUAAAGUAUCUGGAUUACGAGUAUCCGUGGUGGUCGCACGCCUUGGGCUGGUUCACGGCGCUAUCGUCCAUGCUUUGCAUACCCGGAUACAUGGUCUACGCUUGGAUGACUACGCCAGGCGACAAUAGGACGAAAUAUAAGUUGCUGAUCCAAAUAGAGGAUGACGUUGCCACUCUGCGAACGAAGAUGGGUCAACCACCGGUCGAGCUAACGCCCCUGUAAUUUCCUCUUCGGUCGACAGCAAGCUCAUCUAGUUCGCUAUGAUCUAAUCAUCCGCUAUCAUCUUGUAAAGAGGCACCACGAUAACACCAUGGCCAAUAAGUAAUACGCGCAAAGGUUGUCAAAAGGUCCCUCGUUCUUCAGACAAGAUCGAUUCGCGCGACUUUGGCGCGAAACGCGGAGAGCCAGCAAUGAAACGUCUAUGAUGAGAAACGACUAUGCUCGACACUGCCUUCGGCCUCUAUAUCCUCUCGAUGAAAAGCUUCGCUGGCUUUGUACAUAAGUUAUUCAUGCGUUAUCGUAGCGAUUGUCGCGUAAACCCUGUGUGACAGGUGCCGUAGAAGUUUGCGAACUCCCGACUUGCGUUUGGGUUUAUUGCGGGAUCAUACGAGUUCUAUGCGGAUCCGCUUGCAUCGUCAUUUUCAUUGGUAUUAGCACUAUGCGGUUCAAUUUCUUUGCCUGUUUUUGAUUUUGCAUCAUACAUUUCUCUUUAAAGACAACUGAAAACGUGAAAAUACCAAUAUAUGUGUAUUAGUCUUGUUUGAUUUCUUUGCAGAAAAGUUGCCAAAUGUUUUGUCUCGGAUUAUGCUGCUAUUUAAGAAAAAGAGAAUGUAAAAUGCAGCUAUUGACAUUAAUGCAACUCGUUCUUAGCUCUCACAUACGUAGCAAUGUCCAAUAAUCAUCCAUCAUACUUGUAUUUCUAUGUAUGUACUAAUGUACUUUUUUCGAAGAUGUUACAUAUCAGUGUUGGAUAAGCAAAGCGUUUCUUCCGCAAGGUGUAAUUUUAUCAUCACGAAUUGUUGUAAAUGGCAAGUGUAACCCGCGACCUUUUCGUAGAUGAAAGAAUUUUCCAUCGCUCGUGAGACAGUUCGUGUCGACGAUGUGCCGGAUGUGUCCGAGUCGCCGCCGUCUGGCCGUUCUCGAUAGGCGGACGAUGCGAUUCCGAGAUUUCCCAUAUAUGCAUAUUUAUGCAUAUUUAUGCUGCCAUAAAUAUUAUAAAUAGGCGUGUUUUAUUGUUAUGUCACAUCGCGUUCUCUCUCUCUCUCUCUCUCUCUCUCUCUCUCUUUUAUUUAAUAAAUGUUAGUGCGUUACCUAAUUUAUUUCGUGUACCUGUCGUUACAUCUGCAGCGUGGGCAGAGCAACAAUAGUAAUGAUAGAAUAGUCAAAACGCAAUGAAGCGUUCACGGACUAUGUCGCGACAUCACGAUGAAAAUUUAUAGCAGAAUUUUGCCAACUUAUACUUGGAGGUGACGUCUAAGUGAAACGAAAGAUAUAAUUUCGAUAUUAUCAUUGUCAUCGUACACAGAUAUCACGACCACGUGUAAUGACUAAUGAGUGUCAAUUAUAUUUAUGAGAUUAUAUAUACUUUCCAUUUCACUGAAUCAAAAUUUCAUUGAAACAAUUUUAUGUGCAUAAGCACGGUUAUUCAUAUAUAGAAAAUACAAAUUUGUAACUUACAAAUAUAUAAAUUCAAUUAUAUGUGCACUGAAUUUUGGUCGUUGAGUAACGUGUACGUUCGACUCGAUUAGAGCGCGACAUUUAGAUCCGAUAAGUAUCUCGAUAUAUUAUAAGUAUCGAUAUAAUAUCGAUAUUAUUUAUUAUUAGCAAAUUAACAAUACAAACCCCAAUUUAUUGUAUUUUAUUUUCUUUUACUGUUAGUACAAUUAAUAAAUUUCAAGUGUAUUAAUAA